CGUUUUGGCGGGCAGCUGUGACGUCACUAGCCCUUGUCGGUUUGCUACAGCACUGCAGCCAAGAUGAGGCUUUCUGGCUGACCGAAAAAAGGCGAGGGGUGGACUCAGAGCCCCGGGAAAUGCUCGCUUGCGGCCCCACAGCAGCGGUAAGACUGGAGUCCUGCUCCAGCAGAGCCCGGCGUCCGGGGGGAAGCAGCGUUCUUUCUCGAGCGGUGGCCUGGUGGUUGCGCGCCUAGGCGGCCUCGGGCUUGGCUGCCUGGGACUAAGAGAGCAUCCUCACCUGGUAAGAGGGAGGAGGGGAACUUGGUGCGAGCCUCCUGCGGCGCCAAAGAGCCAGAGCCCACCGUUCUCCUUGCCGCAGCGGUUGUUAACGCCUGGGAGCAGCCAAGGUUCAUUUGUUUUCUUUCCGGAUGUUUGUCUUAAACAUGGACAAAUACACCGCCUUCCAGGGUCGUACUGUUUACCUUGCCAGCAGAACAUCUUUUUACUUCAAGACGUUUGAUACUCCCAAUCUCUGAAUUCUGGUGUUGAUGUUGAAUAUGCCUUAUUAGCAUAUUAAAAUGGCUGUACCCAAAGACGCCAUCCCUUCCUUGUUGGAAUGCCAGUGCCAGAUCUGUGUGGAAAUCCUAAUUGAGCCUGUGACACUCCCUUGUAACCACACGCUCUGUAAACCAUGCUUCCAAUCGACUGUCGAAAAGGCAAAUUUGUGCUGUCCCUUCUGUCGCCGCCGGGUCUCUUCGUGGACUCGGUACCAUACCCGAACAAAUUCUCUUGUCAAUACGGAACUGUGGGAGAUAAUUCAAAAACACUAUACAGAGGAAUGCAAGCUGAGAGCCUCUGGGCAAGAAUCAGAGGAAAUUGUUGAUGACUAUCAGCCAGUUCGCCUAUUAAGUAAACCUGGGGAAUUAAGAAGAGAAUAUGAAGAGGAGAUAAGCAAGGUGGAGGCAGAGCGACGAGCCAAUGAGGAAGAAGAAAACAAAGCCAGUGAAGAAUACAUACAGAGAUUACUGGCAGAGGAAGAAGAAGAGGAAAAGAGACAGGCAGAAAAAAGGCAAAGAGAGAUGGAAGAACAACUGAAAAGCGAUGAAGAGCUGGCAAGAAAGCUAAGCCUUAAUAUUAACAAUUUCUGUGAGGGAAGUAUCUUGGCUUCGCCCUUGAAUUCUGAAAAAUCUGAUCCAGUCACAACCAAGUCACAGAAGAAAAGUAAGAACAAACAAACGAACACUGGAGAUAUUCAGAAGUAUUUGUCACCUAAAUCUCAGCCUUGGUCAGCAUCACAGUCUGAAGUUGUACAAGAAGACAGGGAAGACUCCAUGUCUAAGGAAACUGACAGCAGUGAUGUGAAGAGCCCUACAUGGCAAGACACAGAAAUUGAGGAAGAUAUGCCAACACUUUCUCCUCAGAUAUGCCUUGAAGUUCAUGAACAAGGUGCACAAUCUUCAGUGGAGUCACCUAUGCCUCAGUUAUGUGCCAAUGGUAAAGAAUGGUGCCUUGAAGGAAAAGUCAAAACAAGACCAAGCAAUCAUGAAAAAGAGUUGUGUGUCAUAAAUCAUGAGGGACCUGAAGCCAGAGUUCCCUACUCUGGAGAAGCUGCAGUUAAGCCUUGUGGCAAAACAGAGAGUCGGUGCACUGUAUCAGAUAUGACACAGAUAAUUAGAAAUAACACAGUUGAGACAGAAAAUGAAGAGUCUCACCUACUGAUCAGUAAAGAUAUCUCCAAAAGAAAAAACCAGGAAUCUUUGUCUGAAGCAGUCAGGGAUCCAUGCUUUUCUGCAAAAAGAAGAAAAAUGUUCCCCAAAGCUUCCUCAGACCAAGAAGAAACAGAAAUCAACUUUACCCAAAAACUGAUAGAUUUGGAAUGUCUACUUUUUGAGAGACAUAAACAAGAAGAACAGGACAGGUUAUUAGCACUACAGCUUCAGAAAGAGGUGGAUCAAGAACAGAUGAGGCCAAACCGGCAGAAAGGAUCCCCAGAUGAAUAUCAGUUACGUGCUACAUCCUCACCUCCAGACAGAUUACUAAAGGAACAAAGGAAGAAUUCCAAAGAUAGAAACUUCAAAAGACAGACUAAUCUAGAGCAUCCAAAACCUAGGAGAGGCUCAAAAAAUGAAAAUUGGCAACCUUCUUUUAAGAUCCAGUUGAAACGUUCAGUUAAUGGAAGAAAGAUAACAAAUUCUACUAGAGAUAAUUGUAAUGUAUCUAAAACUCCUCAUUCCCUACAGCCUAGUAAGUCACAGAAAAGUAUUUUUCAGAUGUUUCAGAGAUACACAAAGUAGUGCUUGGGUAAGGGGAGUGUUGUAUAAUCUAGUGAAGCUCUCUAUCAUAGAUUCUUUUUAAAUUUUUCAUUAAUUCUGCUCCGUGGGCAUACUCACUGUCCUUAAUUAAAGGACGGUGUGAUAACAGGGGAGGAAUAUACAAAUGUGUUUCUGCCAAACUCGGUUGUAAGCAAGAGUCCCACUCCUUUCCUUUUUUAAUCACUGGUGUACUAAAUUUAAGUUGACAGUCCUUACGGAUAUAAAAAUGCCUUGGCCAACUCCCAAGAAAUCUUCAUUUCCAUGCAUUUCCCCCCAUACGCGUGUUUUGUGGCCUUCACGCACCUUUUUGUACUGACUAGUAAUCAAAGCAACAUUAUAAUCUACCAAGUAGCUAAGGAAUCCAGGCAGGGUUUAGAAUCUAAGUUUUCUUGCAACUUUCCCAUAUAUUUGCAGAGCACUUGAAGUCCAUCUUUCAUAACACUAAAGUAAUCUAAUUUCCAUGUCCACUUCAAUUACUUUAAGUAUUACAGCAUUUUUUUUUUUUUGACUUAAAAUGGGUUAGGAUCAACGUGAAAGCAGAAAAAUCAGAGUUUUCUGGAAAAUUAGGACUUAGUUGACAGAAAGGAAACUAGACUCUUGAUGCAAAAGUAGCUAAGCUUGGGAUGAGGCUGAGUGGGGUAGAUUGACAAUUUGGAGGCCUUGAAACUGAGUGGAUGAUCAGACAACUGGGUCCAGGCUGGAGUAGCAGGUGUAGUUUGGCAAAGUAUUCUUCCUCGUGCUUUCUUUGCUAGAUGGCACAGAAAACAUUUGGGUUUUAACAGCUUUUCAUACCAUACUAUCUAAUCUGCUAUUCCAAAAAAGUGGAGGGGGGGGGAAUUUACUGUAGGAGAGUUAUGUCACAGUAUCCUAUGUUGUAGAACCUGACUAAUCAUGUUUUUAUUUCCUUAUGUUAACCUUUGUAUUGAUACUGACUUUUAUUUGUGUUUAUGGACAAAAAUAGAAAGUAUGAUAUUUGGGUUUUGCUCUGUCUUGCCCCUGAAAGUUAAAUCAGAAGGCUGCGAUUUCAUUUUGUGAAAUUUAACUUGGAGACUAUUAAUCUUUUGUUUCAUUAAUAGGAACAACUUUGAGCAAACAACUGUUUUAACAGCAUUGCUGCUGAUAUCUAGUUAGCCAUCCUUUUAAGGUAAUAAUGCAGUGAACUGUCCUAGAGCUAAUAAUGCUAGCUUAAAUUUGUCAGUGUUUUUAUACAUAAUUAAGAUUUUUUUCCUCCAAAUUUUGUAACUGAAAUUCUGUAAUCUUUGCAUACUUGAUGGCGUCUACUUCAAUAUUGAUUGGGUAAUUAUGGGUAGAAUUCUGAUGCUGAUUUAAAUUUUAGUUUGCCUUUUCUCAAAAGUGAUUGUCCCCUGAGUAAUGAUUGUGCUGAAAUGUAGUUAGAAACUAACCAAAUUUGUCUAAAAUAUAUCUUUUCAUCAAACCAAUAUUUUUUAAGACCAAUUUUGCUUUACAUUUUAGUGACUCUGCAAAUUAAAAGUUAUAUAAUUAAAUCUUCCUGGAAUAGUCCAUGACCAAAAAGGGGGGAAAAUAGUGUAAUGUAUUUAGGAUUUACAUAUAUAACCACUCAUUUGUCUGUGAAGAAGUCUUCCUGACUAAAGUUGGUUUUAAGAUAAUUUUUUUUUUUUGCGGUAUGCGGGCCUCUCAAUGUUGUAGCCUCUCCCGUUGCGGAGCACAGGCUCCAGACGCGCAGGCUCAGCGACCAUGGCUCACGGGCCCGGCCGCUCCGCGACAUGUGGGAUCCUCCCGGACCGGGGCACAAACCCACGUCCCCUGCAUCGGCAGGCGGACUCUCAACCACUGUGCCACCAGGGAAGCCCAUAAGAUAAUUUCUCAAUUAGUCCUUCUGAUACUACCACGUAUGCAUUUUUGUGAGAAACUAGUAAAUGUUUUGUGUCAGUCAUUAGAAUUUACUGAUACUUUCCUCCCAUUUUUAUGGAAGGGAUAUGAGUGUGUUUAAUUUCUCAGGGAGUGCUAAAACUACGCAGAGGUUGAGAAUCUGAAAAUUAAAAUAAUUGUUAAAAAUUGAAAUGGACUAUGUGUUUUUCACAGUUAAAAAUAAAAAUUAACACAUGAAAAUAAAAAGUUCUGCAUAACAAAAACUACCAUAAAGGAAAAUUGGAAGACAUGGCAAACUUGCGAAGAAAUAGAUACAACUCAUCACAAAGAGCUUAUUUCCUUUACAUAAAGUGUCUGCCAAUACUUUUAGAAAAAGACCAACAACCCAAAAGGAAAAUUAGAAGUUUAUUUCCCCAAGAAACAUAGUUCCCAGGAAAGGAAAUAUAAGUGGCUCUUAAAUGUGUGAAAAGAUGCAUAAUAUCACUUAUACUAAUACUCAUACAUUUUUCCACCCUUCAGAUUAGUAAAGGUGUUUUGUUUUGGGGUUUUUUUUUUUCCCCCAGUCUCGGCAAGCAUGUGGGUAAAUAGGCACUCUUAUAUGUUGCUUGGUAUGUAUAGAAACUUUUAAAGCCCUAGAGAGGUAACCUUGGCAAUCUACCUCUAGGAAUUUCUUAAAGCUGUUUUCACAUAUAUGUAGAAUGGCAUGCAUAAAACAUUUUUGUUUGGCAUUGUUUGUAAUAAGCUUAGAAACAACCUUAAUCAUAUCAAGAAACACUAAAUAAAUGAUGGUAAAAUAGAAUACUAUACAGCAAUUAAGCAAAAAACCCACUUUACUGAUACAAAAAGAACUAUAAGAUAUAGAGUUAAACAAAAAAUACAAGAUGUAGAGUAGUGUACAUAGUGUGCAACCAUUUAUCCAAAGAAGAGAAAUAUAUAUUUAAGAGAUAAACAGUGUUGCCAGCAGGGAGAGAAACUGGGUGGCUGGGAGACAGGAGUGGAAGAAUGACUUUUCUCUAUAUGUUCUUUUAUACUUUUAAAAUUUUCAAUCAUAUUGAAUAUAUCAUCUCAAAAUUUAAAUGUUCUUAAAAUAUUACAAGAUUAAGGAUACUUAGACAUCUCAACCUAUACCACUCUAGACAGUGCUUUUUUGCCUUUAAAUUCUAAGAAUCAUAGGAAGGUUUUUCAGUGCAAAAAAAAAAUAACGCAAAUUUUUGGAAAUAGUGUUGUGAAUGAAUUUGAAUAUAUUUAGCUUUAAUAUACUAUUUUUAAAUUAUUUGAAAGCAAAGCUUAUGCUUUUCAGGUAGCAAUGCUGCAGACCUGCAGUCCUGCUGAGAACAAUGAGAAAAGCCAGAUAAAAAUGUAAAAUUUUUACAUUUAAAAAUUAAAAUGCUUUACUUAAAAGCAUCAGAAAGCUACUGAAACAAUGAGGACUAACUUAGGGGCUAAGAUUCUAGAGAGGGGAGAUUUGAGAGGUAAACUGAUGUUUGCAACCACCUUUUUGUUUGUAGCAUGUGCCUAUUCUGAAUGCAGGACGAGAAUCAGGGCUGCUGCUGGUGAACAGAGAAACCGGCAGAGCUCUGGGCCAUCUCAUGAAGCUAGAGUGACAGUAUUGGAGACUUGAGGGUCAUCAAACACAAGGUCGGUUUUCCCAUCAAGAUAACUGCAGUUUUGAAACUGUUCAGAGCAGAGGCUAAAAGGCUGAAAACCUCUGAAAAGCAGAGAGGAGUUGUCGUCAGGCUCACACUGCUGAUGAGACAAGAACACAGUUCAGGACCUACCGGGGAAGGAAGCCUGUUGAACACACCAGGGCCUCAAUUGAAAGCCCUAGCACAGAAGUCUGCAAACUGCAUCCCAGGGGUCAAAUCUGCAUGCCGCCGAUAUUUAUAGGGCCUGUGAGCUAAGAAUGGUUUUAAAUGGCUCUUCGAUUCCUUAGUUCACAUAUAAGGAAUUGAACGAUGGGACUAGUAAUUUGUGCAUGAGUUUUGGACCACCAAAACAAGGGCAUGUCGUGCAGGAGGGAAGAAAGAAUAAUUUCCUUCUUAACUUGGUCUCUACCUGUUAAUCUCACUUUCUUAAUCUGUAAAUGGGAAUCAGUGUAACCAAGAGUUGCUAUCAAGAGUUAAGGGUAGUGGGACUUCCCUGGUGGUUCAGUGGUUAAGAAUCCGCCUUCCAAUGCAGGGCACACGGGUUCGAUCCCUGGUCGGGGAACUGUCACACAUGCCGCGGGGCAAGUAAGCCCAUGUGCCUCAAUGAAAGAUCCCGCAUGCUGCAAGAAAGAUCCUGUGUGCCGCAAGUAAGACCCGACACAGCCUAAUUAAUUAAUUAAUUUAAAAAAAAAAAGAGUUAAGGGAA